AGUCCACUUGCGGAAACAGGCGGACAUCGUCUCUAACAUACGCUGGAUGUGGCGGUCCUAGCACCCAGGACGCCAAUUAUUCCGUCUUUUUAGGACAUAGUAGCUUUGAAUAAUUCAUUUCCUCGGCGGCAUUCAUGAAAUAGCGUGGAAAAAACAGCAGGAUAAAUAAUGAUUUCGCCGUGGGACCGGUGGUACUCGACGAGCUGCUGCCUCUGCUGCCAUGUACGGACGGGCACCAUUAUUCUGGGAAUAUGGUAUAUGCUCAUCAAUGCGGUGGUCUUACUCAUCUUGUUGUCGGCUCUCAAUGACCCAGUUCAGUACCGCUACCACCUUACCAGCUCUGAGCUGGGGACUGACAUAGAUGUCAUGGACGAUGCAAAUAUCUGCAUUGCCACAGCAAUAUCCCUGCUCAUGAUUCUUAUAUGUGGCAUGGCAACAUAUGGUGCUUACAAGCAACAUGCUGCGUGGAUCAUUCCAUUCUUCUGCUACCAAAUCUUCGACUUUGCCCUUAACACACUGGUAGCCAUUAGUGUGGUUGUUUAUCCCAACACGGUGCAGGACUACCUCCAGCAGCUGCCGGGGACAUUCCCUUACAAAGAGGACAUCAUGUCCACCAACAAUAUGUGCCUAGUUUUUGCAGUCCUCCUCUUCAUUGGCUGCAUCCUCUCCUUCAAGGCCUACCUGAUUGGCUGUGUGUGGAACUGCUACAGAUACGUGAGCGGCAGGGGCACCACAGAGGUACUGGUUUAUGUCACCACCAAUGACACCACGGUUCUACUGCCACCAUACGAGGAGGCCAUAGCCAUACCACCGAAGGAGCCCCCUCCUCAGUAUAUGGAGGCAUGAGAGACAUCCUUCUUGCUGGAACCCCAUACCCCGAAAACUUACCACAUUUCCCUCCAACAGUAGGACCCCAAUGCUGGCUGGAACAUGUUGAAAAACAAGACAAAACAAUGUCUUAGAGGCUGGUUUCAGCUUGGAUUCCUGCCAACCUUAGAUUAGAUUAGAAGGACCCUGAGCCAGUAUUGCCAUCGACUUUUCCCCCACAUCACCAUCCCUGGCUGUUGUGACGUAUCUUCCUCCCCUCUUGUCUCCUCUGUCCCCUUCCAAGGACAGUAUCACAGCAACUCCAACCGCUACCAACUCUCCCUCUUGGCAGCUGCGGCCCCCUGGCAGCAUCUAAACUCUUGCACGCCCUGAACACUCUGUCCCAACUUAAUUUGCACUUUUCUUUGAGUGAAACGUGCAACAGUCUGGCCACCAACUGUUAACCCCCAAUACUGUGAAUCUCCCUUGUGGUCUUUGUCUAGAAACAAACUACCUGAAGAGAGAAAGUGACAGAGAGAGUGAGAAGGAAAGCAGCAUACACGAUCAGUUAUGCAAGAGCACUUUUUUUCAGAAAUUGACAAAUUCCUUCAUUGAAUGUAAUGCUGAGGUAUUUUUGUAUGACUUUUUUGUAUAAUAGUGAAAACAGAGAGAAAAAGAAGUGAAUAGUGAAAGGCUGUCCUGUUGUGGUAUCAUCUGAUGUAACUUGUCAUGCAGGAAAUCGUAUUGAAAAAGGUUCCUCGACCAAUAACAACUACGUCUUCCUUUUGUAUCCAUGCAACACACUGUCUGUAAAUCUGUAAUCCAUUAACUGCCAGUAAAAAACGCUCACCCAUUGACUUCAGUCACAAGAUUACUCCAGUUUGCGUUCCUGUCCAUGUCCUGUCGAUUCCAAGGUCUUAAAAGGUGAAAAAGACUGGCGUUAAUAUAGUGUGCACACAAACAUACAUGUUUCUCACACUACAGAUUCACAUCCAAAAAGGCAAUACACAUACUAUAAAAUCUAAAAUAUGUAAACAUUAGUAUGUUAAAAUGUUUCAGUGAAGAUGUCUGUCUUGUGUUCCUGUCAAGCUGCAGCUUCAACAGCAUCGUCUGUAUCUUUAUUGUGUGUGGGUUUUUUUUUUUGUUUUGUUUUUUUUUACAUGCAUCAUGGUGUGUAAUCUGAUCUUUUUAGUUAAGCUAACUUAGCUGGACUGAGGGCAUUUUCUUAUGAAGGCAGAGCAACAUGCUGCUGUACAUGCAGAGACUGUGUGUGUGUGUGUGUGUUUGUACUUGUUCUUGUACUUGCACAUAGUGAGGACUCUGGUUUUUAACCAACAGAGUGAGGACACUUUUGGAAAGUGAGGACAUUUUUGCCAGUUCUCACUUUGUCAUAUGCCUGUUUAGGGGUUAAAACUUGGUUUUAAGGUUCAGGUUAAAGUUGGGGUUAGGUUAAAGGUCUAUGGAAUGCAUAAUGUCACAGAGGGUCCACACAAGGUUAGAAGUACAAGAAUGUGUGUGUGUUUGUGUGCGUGUGCCUGCCUGAGUGCUAUGUGUUAUGUUAAGAUACAACUCCCAGCUCCUUUUAUAUGUAGUAACAUUUCCUUUGCACAUGCAGCAAUGUCGUGUUGAGAUAUUUCCUGUGCUUGUGACCUUUUUUUGAAAUUAACAAUGGAUGGAAAUCUAAAGCUUUGAUUUAGCUUAGCAUAGUAGCACAAAACCAAUAUACAGUCUAUAAAGCUAGAGAAGCUAGAUGCUAGUCUUUGCCUAGAGCAGGCAAUUAUGAAAAUUAACAAUGAGCCAAACAAUAUUAGACAUACCUAAUCCCACUCUUUCCAGUAAUUCCUGAGUAGUAUUUGGUAUCAACAGAAAAACGUAACGUCCUUCAGGCUAUGCAACAGUGCAUUCGACAACUCCUUCAACCUACAAAAACACAUACCAUAAGGUAGUAAUCCAUUUGAUACUAAUACUGUAGUUGAUAAUGUAACCAUUUGUUGGACCUUUCAUCAUUUGUCCCUGUGUGAAUUACGACCACUGCUUUUGCAAAUCCAACAAAUCCGACAAUGAAAUUGCACUUUAAAAAGUCAGCGUGAGCUCACAGGGAACUCUUCUGUUUGUGUUUUUAUUCAUCUUUAUCACUGUAUGCUGUAGUGAAGUGGUUCUAAAUACUAUCAGCCACCCUCUCCUUGAUAAUGCAAGCUUCUAAAACAUUACAUAAAAUCAGUAUUUGAAUUGUGUGAUAUGACUGAAAAGCUGCAGAUUUUAUUGUGACUGAAGAAUUUCAGUUGCAGAAUUUAGAGAAAGGGCUUGUAUAGUAUCUGGACCAGUGGAUGGCUGAUUGAUUUUAUUAGAAUCACUUUAAGACUGUUCUUCCACUUUUUAUUCACACACAUCCUCUUGUUGGAUCUGCAUGAGCUCAUGUCUUCAAUUCUAAAUAAUAAUAAAAAAAGCAAAAUCAA